AUGGAAGAAGCACAUAGUAGCAUUAACAGAGGACCAAGAUGGUCUCUCAAUGGAUUGACAGCUCUUGUCACUGGUGGCACCCGUGGGAUUGGGCAUGCCAUAGUGAGUGAUUUAGCUGGAUUUGGUGCUGCUGUACACACUUGUUCUAGGACCGAAGAAGAGCUUAAUAAGUGCUUACAAGAAUGGAAAAGUCAAGGCUUUCUGGUUACUGGGUCGGUUUGUGAUGUGUCCUCUCGACCCAACAGAGAGAAACUCAUUCAGGAAGUGGCCUCCACCUUCAAUGGCAAACUUAACAUCUAUGUAAACAACGUUGGAACAAACUUUCGAAAGCCAUCCAUUGAGUACACUGCUGAAGAAUAUUCCGAGCUGAUGACAGUUAAUUUAGACUCUGCAUUCCAUCUGUGCCAACUUUCUUAUCCUCUUCUAAAAGCAUCUGCAAUGGGAAGCAUUGUGUUCAUUUCGUCUGUUGCAGGUGUGGUGAGCUGUGGUACUGGAUCUGUCUAUGCAGCAAGUAAAGCUGCAAUUAAUCAGCUCACAAAAGAUCUGGCUUGUGAAUGGGCGAAAGACAACAUAAGGAGCAACAGUGUUGUACCAUGGGCAACCAGAACCUCACUUGUAGAACAUCCUCGUGAGCCUCGUAACCAAGAGUUUAUGGAUGGUAUUACGUCUCGAACUCCUCUUAAGCGCAUUGCAGAACCAGAAGAAGUGUCGUCGUUGGUGACUUUCCUUUGUUUGCCUGCUGCCUCUUACAUCACUGGACAGGUUAUUUCUGUUGAUGGAGGAUACACUGUGAAUGGAUUUCAACCCAGCAUGAGAAUUACCUAAAAUUCUUUAACUGCUCAUCUAUGGAAUAAAUUAUUCUCAUUUUAUUUCUACUCCCUAGUAGUUAGCUAUGUAUGUGACAAGGGACAACCUUGAUCUGUAAUUUCAUCUCUUUUUUUUUUGGUACAAGUCAUUUCUC